GGCCGCCGGGGCCAGCGGGAAGGGCGUAGCUCGGCCAGGUUGGGCCCCAGUCAUGGAGAAAUUCCAUGGGUGUGUGUCUACCCACAUGGACGUCCUUUCCUUGAAGAACCGGUGCCUGGCCACACUUCCUGACCUGAAGAUGUUGGAGAAACCACUUGGGCAUGUGUCUCCUCACUCAGACAUCCUCUCCUUGGAGAACCGGUGCCUGGCCACACUUCCUGACCUGAAGGCCUUGGAGAAACCACCUGGACAUGUGUCUGCCCACUCAGACAUCUUCUCCUUGGAGAACCGGUGCCUGGCCACACUUACCAUUUUAAAGAGCCCUGUGUCCAUCAGCCCCUUGCUCCCGAAUCACCAGAUAUCUCACCUGGCGCAAGCUGAUCUGUGCAACCUGGAGAGCAGCAACCACCUGCUGUCUGAGCCUCAAGCCUCGGGGGCUCAGUGCCUCUCUGAGGGACUAGGCCUUCUGACCUGCCCCAGGGUCUCGAAAACCAUCUCUGCCCCAGAGAAAGUUCAGGAAGCAGUUCUGGGUCAAUGGUCAUCUUCAGGAGAGAAAAAGCCAGAAGAGAAGGAAUGGGCAGAGGUUCAGAUGCCUUUUUAUAGCCUAAGCUUGGGAGAGGAGGAGCAGGAGGAGGAGCUGGCCCUGAAGCUCUCCCCUGGGGGCUCUGAAUCUCAACCUGAGCCUGCUGAACAGGACUUUCAGGAAGUGAAGAUGGUUCUCAUGAGCUUUCUGUGUUCCUCGCUGGUGGCAAAUGUAAACACAGAUGAUGCAGCGUACUCUACCCAGGCUUUCCUCCUCAAAGUCUGUGGCGAAGUUGCCCACUUUGAGCCUGAAUUUAUCCUCAAGGCAUCUCUGUACGCCAGGCAGCAGCUGAAUGUCCGGGAUGUGGCCAACAAAGUCUUGGCCAUUGCUGCCUUCCUGCCACUCUGCCGCCCCUACCUGCGACGGUACUUCUGUGCCAUCGUCCAGUUGCCUUCCGAUUGGAUCCAGGUGGCCAGGUUCUACCAGCUCCUGUGUCGAGAACGGGAGGACUGUCUCGCGCCCCUGCCUGCCUGCCUGCGUGCUGCGAUGAGGGACAAGUUUUCCCAGUUUGAUGAGUACCAGCUGGCUAAGUACAACCCUCGGAAGCACCGAGCCAAGCGGCGCCCCCGACGACCACCCCGCCCUCCAAAGGAACAUACAUUUUCUGAGACACAGACCUAUUUGCCAAGGUUCGCUUGGCCUAUUCGAGAUGAACAGAGGAUGUUUGAGACAACCUACAGUUCAGUGUCAGAGAAAAAGAGCGAGCAAAGGUUCACCCUGAAGAAGUUGGUACAGAGACUGCACAUCCGUGAGCCUGCACAGCUCGUCCAGGCCCUGCUGGGCUGCAGAUACCCCUCCAACCUACAGGCCUUUUCUCGAAGCCACCUCCCAGGGCCCUGGGAUUCUAGCAGAGCCGGGAAGCGAAUGAAGCUCGCUCGACCAGAGACCUGGGAGCGGGAGCUGAGCUUACGGGGAAACAAGGCCACCGUCUGGGAGGAACUCAUCGACAGUGGGAAACUUCCCUUCAUGGCCAUGCUUCGGAACCUGCGCAAUCUGCUGCGGGUUGGAAUCAGCGCCCGUCACCAUGAGCUUGUGCUCCAGAGACUCCAGCAUGCUAAGACAGUGAUUCACAGUCGGCAGUUUCCAUUCAGAUUCCUUAAUGCUCAUGAUUCCAUCAAUGACCUUGAGGCUCAACUUGAAAAGAAAGAGUUGCCAUUUCCUUCCAACACACAACUGAUAAAGCGGAUAAUAAUUAAAAACACAAAAUAUGGCAAGAAGCAUGCCUAUUCCUGGAAGUUUCGCCAGCCAAGCCGUCGGGAGCUUCGAACAGCGAUGAUGAUCCCUGUGAUCUAUGAGCAGCUCAAGCGGAAGAAGCUGGAAAUACACAGGGCCAGACAGUGGAAAUGUGACCGAGAGAUGCUGGCUCGGUAUCGACAGGCCCUGGAGACAGCUGUGAACCUCUCUGUCAAACACAGCCUGCCCCCGCUGCCAGGCCGCACCCUGCUGGUCUAUCUGACAGAUGCCAGUGCAGACAGAAUCCUUCCCAAGAGCAACCCACAAGGGCCCCCUCUGAACUAUGUGCUGCUGUUGAUUGCGAUGAUGAUGGUACGGACGGAGCAGGUGGAGCUUUUGCUGUGUGGAGGGGGCAUUGUGAAGACUGCUGUGAUUAAGGCAGAAGAAGGCAUCCUGAAAACUGCCACCGAACUCCAAGCUCAAGUCCAGAAGUCAGAUGAAAACUGUGAACAGUCCCUGACUACUUUGGGGAAGCACUUGCUGUCUCUGGCUACCCAAAGGGUCCCUGUGGACAGGGUCAUUGUCUUCGGCCGAACUACAAAUGAGAAACUGAUAAAUGCAGCCAAACAGCUUUUCUGGCAACAUGUGAAUCCCAAGUGCCUCUUUGUUGGUGUUCUCCUAAGGGCAAGUUACCUAAGUACUGAUUUGAAUCCCAAUGAUGUGACACUCUCAGGCUGUACUGAUGGGAUACUGAAGUUCAUUGCAGAGCGUGGGGCCUCCCGGCUUCUAGAACAUGUAGGCCAAAUGGACAAAAUAUUCAAGAUUCCACCACCCCCAGGGAAGACAGGGGUCCAGUCUCUCCAGCCAUUGGAAGAGAAUACUCCAAGCCCCUUGGCCCCUGUUUCCCAGCUUGGAUGGCGAAGCAUCCGGCUUUUCAUUUCCUCCACUUUCCGGGACAUGCAUGGGGAGCGGGACCUGCUGCUGAGGUCCCUGCUGCCGGCACUGCAGGCCAGAGCGGCCCCCUACCGGAUCAGCCUUCAUGCCAUCGACCUGCGCUGGGGCAUCACAGAGGAGGAGACCCGUCGGAACAGGCAGCUGGAAGUGUGCCUCGGGGAGGUGGAGAACUCACAGCUGUUUGUGGGAAUCCUGGGCUCCCGCUAUGGCUAUGUUCCCCCCAACUACAGCCUUCCUGACCAUCCUCACUUCCGCUGGGCCCAGCAGUACCCUGCAGGUCGCUCUGUGACAGAGAUGGAGGUGAUGCAGUUCCUGAAUCGGGGCCUCCGCCUGCAGCCUUCUGCCCAGCCUCUCCUCUACUUCCGGGAUUCAAGCUUUCUCAGCUCUGUGCCAGAUGCCUGGAAAUCGGACUUUAUUUCUGAGUCUGAAGAGGCUGCCCAUCGGAUCUCAGAACUGAAGAGCUACCUGAGCAGACAGGAAGGGAUCACCUGCCGCAGAUACCGCUGUGAGUGGGGCGGUGUGGCGGCUGGCCGGCCCUAUGUCGGGGGGCUGGAGGAGUUUGGGCAACUGGUUCUGCAGGAUGUGUGGAGUAUGAUCCAGAAGCUUUACCUCCAGCCCGGGGCCCAGCCGGAGCAGCCAGUGCCUGAUGACGACUUGGUCCAGGCCAACUUUCAGCAGCUAAAGAAGCCGCCGAGUCCUGCCCGACCACGCCUUCUUCAGGACACAGCGCGGCAGCUCAUGCAGCGCCAGGGGAGGCUGAACCUGGUGACCGGGCAGUCGGGACAGGGCAAGACCGCCUUCCUGGCAUCCCUCGUGUCAGCCCUGCAGGUUCUGGAUGGGGCCGCGGUGGCCCCCUUAGUCUUCUUCCACUUUGCAGGGGCCCGCCCUGACCACAGUCUUGCCCUCACCCUGAUCAGACGCCUCUGUGCCUAUCUGCAUAGCCGACUGGAGGAGCCAAGUGCCCUGCCCAGCACCUACCGGGGCCUGGUGUGGGAGCUGCAGCAGAGGCUACUGCCCAAGUCUGCUCAGUCCCUGAAAACUGGCCGGCCUCUGGUGCUGAUCGUCGAUGGGGCCGACAGGUUGGUGGACCAGCGUGGGCAGCUAAUCUCAGACUGGAUCCCAAAGACCCUUCCCCGGUGGGUGCACCUGGUGCUGAGCGUGUCCAGUGAUUCUGGCCUGGGGGAGACCCUUCAGCAGAGUCACGGUGCCCACGUGGUGGUCCUGGGGCCUCUGGAGCCGCCUGCCCGUGCCCGGCUGGUGCGAGAAGAACUGGCCCUGUACGGGAAGCGGCUGGAGGAGUCACCGUUUAACAACCAGAUGCGGCUGCUGCUGGUGAAGCGGGGCUCAGUUCAGCCGCUGUACUUGCGCUUGGUCACCGAUCACCUGAGGCUCUUCACGCUCUACGAGCAGGUUUCCGAGAGGCUCCGGACGCUGCCGGCCACUGUCCCUCUGCUGCUGCAGCACGUCCUGGGUACCCUGGAGCGGGAGCAUGGCCCCGACGUCCUUCCCCAAGCCUUGGCCACUCUUGAGGCCACACGCAGUGGUCUGACCGUGGACCAGUUGCAUGGAGUGUUGAGUGCCUGGCGGAUCCUUCCCAGGGGAAGCAAGACCUGGGAAGAAGCAGUGGCUGCUUGUAACAGCGGGGACCCCUACCCCAUGGGCCCAUUUGCCUACCUCGUCCAGAGUCUGCGCAGUUUGCUAGGGGAGGGACCCCUGGAGCGCCCCGGCGCCCGGCUCUGCCUCCAGGAUGGGCCCCUGAGAAUAGCCGCCAGGUGUCGUUACGGGAAGAGGCCGGAGCUGGAGAAGACGGCACACCUCCUCACUGCAGCUCAGCUCUGGAAGACGUGUGACCCUGAUGCCUCAGGUACCUUCCGAAGGUGCCCUCCAGAAGCCCUGGCAGACCUGCCUUACCACCUGCUCCAGAGUGGGAACCAUGGCCUUCUUGCCAAGUUCCUUACCAGUCUUCACGUGGUGGCCGCACACGUGGAACUGGGUCUGACCUCUCAGCUCCUGGAGGCCCACGCCCUCUACGCUUCUUCAGUCCCUGAUGGAGAACAGAAGCUUCCUGAGGCUGAUGUUGCUGCAUUUCACACCUUCCUGAGGCAGCAGGCUCCCAUCCUCAGCCGGUACCCCCUGCUCCUGCACCAGCAGGUAGCCAACCAGCCUCUGGACUCGCCUCUUUGCCGCCAGGCCCCCCGGCUCUGCCAGCGACAGCACCUCCAGCGCGUGCUGCGUUGGCUUAAUAAACCUGAGACCCUGGGGCACCAGCAAAGCUCCAGCCUGUCCCUGGCAGUUUCCUCCUCCCCCACAGCUGUGGCCUUCUCCCCUAACGGGCAAAGAGCAGCCGUGGGCACUGCCAAUGGGACGGUUUACCUUUUGGACCUGAGAACCUGGCAGGAGGAGAGGUCGAUGGUGAGUGGCGGUGAUGGGGUUUCCUCUUGUUCAUUCCUCUCGGACAACACCCUCUUCCUAACUGCCUUUGAUGGGCUCCUGGAGCUCUGGGACCUGCAGCACGGUUGUCGGGUGCUCCAGAUCCAAGCUCACCAGUACCAGGUCACCGGCUGCUGCCUGAGCCCAGACCGCCGGCUGCUGGCCACCGUGUGCCUGGGCGGAGGCCUGAAGCUGUGGGACACAGUCCGAGGGCAGCUGGCCUCCCAGCACACCUGUCCCAAGCCCUUGAACUGCAUUGCUUUCCACCCAGAAGGACAGGUGGUAGCCGUUGGCAGCUGGGCUGGCAGUUUCAGCUUUUUCCACAUGGAUGGGCUCAGAGUCACCAAGGAACUGGGGGCCCCGGGAGCCUCUGUCCGUACCUUGGCCUUCGGUGUCUCCGGGCGGGUUGUGGCUGUGGGCCGUCUGGACAGGAUGGUGGAGCUGUGGGCCUGGCAGGAGGGGGCACGGCUGGCUGCCUUCCCUGCCCACCAAGGCUUCGUUGCUGCCGCCCUCUUCCUGCGAGCUGGGUGCCAGUUACUGACGGCCGGAGAGGACGGCAAGGUUCAGGUGUGGUCCGGGUCUCUGGGUCGGCCCCGUGGGUGCCUUGGUUCCCCCCACCUCUCCCCUGCCCUCUCCGUGGCUCUCAGCCCAGAUGGCGAUCAGGUGGCUGUUGGGUACCGAGCAGAUGGCAUUCGGAUCUACAGAAUUUCUUCAGCUUCCCAGGGGGCGCAGGGUCAAGCGCUCGAUGUGGCAGUGUCCGCUCUGACCUGGCUCAGCUCUAAGGUGUUGGUGAGUGGUGCUGAAGACGGGGCCCUGCAGGGCUGGCUGCUCCAGGGGGGCUCCCUUCAGUCCCUCUGGCUCUUGUCCAGACACUGGAAGCCUGUGCUGGGACUGGCCACCUCCCAGGAACUCCUGGCUGUUGCCUCAGAGGACUUCACAGUGCGCCUAUGGCCAAGGCAGUUGCUGAUGCUGCCACAAAAGACAGAAGACUUUCCUCGUAGCACUGAGCUCCGGGGACACGAGGGCCCUGUAAGCUGCUGCAGCUUCAGCACUGAUGGAUGCAGGCUGGCCACCGGGGGCAGGGAUCGGAGCCUGCUCUGCUGGGAUGUGAGAACACCCAAAGCCCCUGUUCUGAUUUGCUCCUUCUCUGCCUGUCACCGAGACUGGGUCACUGGCUGUGCCUGGACCAGAGACAGCCUCUUGGUCUCCUGCUCCAGCGAUGGUUCUGUGGCCCUGUGGGACCCAGAGUCGAGACAGCAGCUUGGUCACUUCCUGGGUCAUCAGCAUGCUGUGAGCGCCGUGGUGGCCGUGGAGGAGCACGUGGUAUCCGUGGGCCGAGAUGGGACCUUGAGAGUAUGGGACCAUCAGGGCGUGGAGAUGACCAGCAUCCCCGCUCACUCAGGACCCAUCAGCCACUGUGUGGCUGCUCUUGAGCCCCAUGCAGCCGGUCAGCCGGGGUCAGAGCUUCUGGUGGUGACUGUUGGAUUGGAUGGGGCCACACGGUUGUGGCAUCCACUCUUGGUGUUUCAAACACACACUCUCCUGGGUCACAGUGGCCCAGUCAGCGCAGCUGCUGUUUCAGAGACCUCAGGCCUCCUGUUGACCACCUCAGAGGAUGGCUCCCUACGGCUCUGGCAGGUGCCCGAAGAGGCAGAUGACACAUAUAGACCUAGGAGUCCUGCAGCCAUCACUGCUGUGGCCUGGGCCCCAGACGGUUCUGCAGCAGUGUCUGGGAAUCAAGCUGGGGAACUGACCUUGUGGCAGGAAGCUAAGGCUGUGGUCACAGUACAGGCCCGGGGCUGCAUCAGUGCUCUGCUCUGGUACUCAGCACACACCUUGAUUGUUGUCAGUGCUAAUGAAAAAGUCAGCGAGUGGCAAGUGGAACUGCAGAUGGGUUCAACACCCAGAAAUGUCAGUCUUCGCCUGAACCGAGUUCUUCAGGAGGACUUAGGUUUCCUGACAAGUGUAGGCCUGGCCCCUGAUGGUCACUCCCUCAUCUUGGCCAAAGCGGAUUUGCAGUUGUUGCACAUGAAGCCAGGUGAUGAGCCCUCUGUAAUCUGGGAAAGUUAUUCGGAAGAUCCUAUGAUGUUGUCCACCCACCAGGACUAUGGGGUGUUUGUCCUGCAGUCAAGGAAACUUCAAGUUCUUCCUUUUUCAGGGCAAAAGGAGUUAGGAGAGUUUGAAGAGUGCCUGGAAUUUGAUCUGAAUUUAGAAAAUCCCAGUAAUACCCUCAUAUCAGUAACUCAGGCCAAACCUGGAUCUGAGUCCUCGUUUUUGUGUGCUAGCUCUGAUGGGAUGCUGUGGAACCUAGCCAGAUGCACUAAUGAAGGAGAAUGGAUCACAGAUAAUAUCUGGCAGAAAAAAGCAGAGAUGCCUGCAACUCAAACUUCAGAGACAGAGUCAUGUAUAUCUACCAACACCUAUAGCUGGUCAACAGUCACAGAGCUAAAGACGCAGCAACGUAGAAAGAUCCACUCAGGCCCUGUCACAGCUCUCCACGUGCUGCCUGAGUUGCUGGUAACAGCUUCAAAGGACAGAGAUGUUAAACUGUGGGAGAGACCCAGUAUGCAGCUGCUGGGCCUGUUCCGAUGUGAAGGGGCAGUGAGCUGCCUGGAACCUUGGCUGGGUCCUGACUCUACUCUGCAACUUGCAGUGGGAGACACACAGGGUAAUGUCUACUUUCUCUCCUGGGAAUGAAGAUCACUGCUCAGGGCGAGGAGACUGCUUGUGCCAGAGAGGCAAAGCCUGAAGACCCCAGUGGCUACUCUCUUGAUACAAUUAUAUAAAUAAAGGGACAGAAAAUCUCAGAGUGUAGUCCUGCCUGUGUUCUCAUGUGGAUUUGGACCAAGAGGGAAGAAUAUGGAUGUUCUUAUGUUUCUUUUCUGAAUUUACUUUAAUCCUUACUAGAACUGGAAGAAAGUGAAGCAGAUCUUUGGUAGAUAUUCUUUGAAAUUAGGCUUUAGAAUUCUUGUGUCAUUUGCUGGCCCCAGGACCCUAAGGGAUGACUCCUCCCAGGAGGAGGUAUGAAAGUGAUGUUGACGAGCACUUAGGCUGAACAGAUAUCUGGAGACCUCUCACUUGUUCAAAGAAGAGGAAGAGAAAGAAGAAUGAGUCAGCUGUCUCCUGUCUAGGGCACUGGGAAAGAACUAGGAUUGAACCAGGACACCACUAGUUUCCUCUCACAGAAACAGCCCAUCUACUCAGAGCCAACAGCCCAGGUGAAAGGUGAGAAGCCAGUAUACCGAGAGCAGAGUGAGUCUCCUGGCUUUCACAGACACUGAUGGACCCACGGCAGCCACUUGACUUGCAAGCAUUAGUUAGUAUAGUAAUUUGCCUUCUUGGAAGAGAUCACAAAAGGGUUAUCUUUCAAAUUGCAGGUCACAAAGAUUAAAAUGAGUUGAAAGGUGAAACUGCAUACACACGGACUAGCUGUGAACUGUGACCCUCUUAGGUAAAAGUUCUCCAACCUUGUAUUCUUAUCAUCAAUUUUAUGGGAGAGAAAGUUACUUGAGGCCCUUUCUUUCUAAGGGUUAAGGAAGGGUUUAGGAUCUUCUGUGUCCAAGAAUUUGAGGACUUGUAUAUGAUAAGCUAGUGCUAUUACAGGAUUUUAUCCUGGGUUUGUAGGGUUCUUCCAGAGAAAUACCACUGCACUCUGAUGUAAAGUUUUCAGGAUUUAGGGAGUCGAGGGGUACCCAGUUUUGUUCUUACUUUGCUCUGAAAUCACCUGAAGAAUUUUGUCUUAUUUUUACCAAUGCCUCAUAUUCUUCCUCAACCUAAGGAUAAGACAUGAGGAGUGCCAACAGCUGAUGUCUUAAUUAUAGGUCAUGCCUCUAUCAUUUCUCAUGUGCCCCAUGCAAGGGCUCUAAAUAUGCCUUCUAGACCACCUGUUCCACUGUACCUUGUGACUGGAAGUCCAAGUUAAGGUAAUUUGAAACCUAUGAUUCGUAAUACUACCCAGAAAUGCUACAGAGAACCAUGACACAGCAUCAUCCAGAAAGUCGAUGGUUUCAGUCUUUGCCUUCUGUUCCCCUGAAAGCAUGGGCCAAGGACAGGAGGAAGCCCUAGAUGUCUGUCUUCCAAGUUCUAAAAAUUCUAUCCAAGUUCCCCAGCUGAAUCUGGAGGUAUGGGGCUGGAGAAAGUAAAGUCUACUUGCUCAGUUAAGACUCGGUCUUGUUGGCCAGGUCCACAUGAAGGGCGUGUUCUUUCUUGAAGAUAUACAGUGAGGCCAAAGUAUAAUUGCUGUGAGUGAAGACAAGAACAGACUCUAGCUAACAGUAAAUAUGUACGCAAGGGAGUUGAAAGGACAAUCAGCUUAGGUUUUACACUGAAUAUUUUUAAAGUAUUAUUUUAAAUAAAGAGGACAUUAAAAAAUUA